AUGUCUCUGGACUACAGUUGGCAGAUCCAGAGUAUUUUUUGCCAGGGACCUCCAACGAAUUCUACAACCGCUAAGGGGGGCUAUGGAUAUCAUGCAUCCGCUGAUGAUGAUAUUCAAGAGCUUCUGGCUUCCUUUUGGACCCAAGAGACGAUCCAGUCUUCUUCUACUGUCAUUCUCAGUCCUGAUGAGGCUGAAUGUGAGCAUCACUUCGCUACUACUCAGGCCAGAGAUUCUUCAGGACGCUAUGUGGUUCGCCUUCCGCUGAAACAGUCUAUUGAACAACUUAGGGACUCCUCUACAGCUGCAAAAAGAUGUUUACAAAGCAUGCUGCGCCGCUUAUCGUCUAAUGCAACGCUUAGUUCACUCUGCUACAACUUUAUGACUAGCAAACCACACUUCUAUCUGCCUUACCAUGGCGUCCUGAAGGAGCAUAGCACGACUACCAAACUCAGGGCAGUAUUCAACGGCUCCUGCAAUACCUCUGCUGGUGCUUCGCUGAACGAUGUACUUCAUCCUGGUCCUAAAAUCCAGAUUGACCUCUCCGACGUUCGUCUCUGGAUCAGACGACACCGCUACGUAUUCGCUACUGACAUCACCAACAUGUUUAGAUAG